AUGACUUCCUCACCAAUGAUAAUCUUGGGGAUCAUUGAAAAAUAUGGUCAUAACGAAGAGAAAAGCUUCAGCGGAGGCUGGCUAGGACGUCACAAAAUGGAGCCUCGCGUCCGUAAAGCUGUGGACAACAACCAACAUGUUCCUCUGGUCCUCCCAGCAUUUCCAUGGAAAAGUGUCAACAAGGUCGAAAAGGUGCUAGGAGCACUUCCAGAUCUGGGAGAACUUCUUGGCUUGGGUCGCCUCAACUACCUUUGCGGAGAAAUUCAAGAAAUAUAUUCUCCUGGUGCGAAAGUUACUGUCACUUCGGAUGGACUUGUCUAUAAUGAUCUCGUUGGAAUUUCCGACGAGGAGGUCUAUGAGUAUGGAGCUGCACUGCGUCGUAUGUCGGAGGAGCAGGGAUACCACAACAUUGACUUCUUCCGCAUCAUGAACUUGUUGGGAAUCACAGAUCAAAUUGUUAUGACGAAGGAGGAAUACUUGUCGACAUGUGGUCAGACUCGAGAAGCCUUGGUGGAAAGAUUUCUUGACCCAACGUUCAUUGCUGCCGAAGCGAUAGAAAAAGAUCGGGACAUGAACCUGACAUAUUGUGGUUACAUCAAGUUCUUGACCAAGGAUCUCAAGCACAGUCCAGUCACCCAAGGGAUUGUCGGCGGACAUGCAUACAGGCGCGCUGUAAAACAAAUAGCCCAAGAAAUGAUAACUCGCGGAUCCGCCUUCGCGUCCGCCAUCGAAUCCGCUUUCCCCGACCAUGUCAGACUCUCCAUCCACCGCUCCUCAGGACGGAACAAGCUUUCCUUCCCUCUCGUCCCCCAACCUAAUCACUUCUCCAUGACGCCCUGGCACAGCGCUGUCGCUGUUACUGCCAAGGGCGAGUUUCGUACUGGGCAUAUGUUGAGUCUGGCUGAGAUGCAUGAUGUGGUUAAGAACAAGGACGGACGACCAUUCUGUUUCCGUGACAGGAGCCCCUUGUGGGAAUGGGAGGGUGUAGAGUUUGAGUUUGCCUAUCCGAAGACCUUGAUUGUGAGAGCUAAAAAGGUUGAAGAUGGUGGGGUGACGCCGAGAUUGGGGGAGGAGGAGAUGAAAAAGUUGAAGCAAUUUGGGAAAGGGUUCAGUCCUGUCAUCACGAGUGGUUUUGCGGUUUAG